ACUAAAUAUGUGGUACAUAUAAGGAUUUUUAGCUUAACCGCUUCCUGUCCGGCCCAUGUAUAUAAACGGCCAGACAGGAGCAUUGCAGGAACAGGUGGCUGUUUAUAAAUGUCCUCCUCGCUCCCCGCCUGUGCGCGCUCCCUGGGAGCACGUGGCACCGUGAUCCGGUGCCCGCUGUGUGAGGUCCCAAUCAUUGAUCACAUGAAUAUUAGUAAGCAAGAUGUCACUUCGACAUCAUUGCUUACUACUAGUGAAAUCUAUGAAUGAUCACAGAGGUCACAUGGUACAAGGCUAUUCACAACAGCCUUGUACCAUGUGACAAUCUGUGACCAAUCACAGCUCACACAGU